CCUUUCCCUCAUCCCUUUUCCCUCCCCGACGAAGAAAACCCCUCCUCCCAAAGUUUUCGCGCACCCUGUUUCUUUCUCCUUCGCUGACCAUCGAAGAAAACCGUCGCCCUCCUCCCCGUCGCUGGCCGUCGAAGAAAAUUGUCACCCUCCUCCCCAUCGUUGGAAGCUUCUUCUCCGUCCAAGGUUGUUGACGAAAACCGCCACAACCCUCCGUUUGAACAAGGCCGUCGAACGCAACCCUCCUCUCGGCCAACCGCCGUCAAUUCUGUGCGAACCCCUUGUCGAUUCUGUCUCACUCCAAUCCAAAAUGGUGUGAACCCCACUUUAUUCCAUGACCGAAAGGUAUAUAUCCUCUAUCUUUGGAUUUUUAACAAUUUGAGGCUACUUGAUGAUGUUUAUUUGGAGGGUUUAUAAGAUAUUUUUGUUUAUGAAGUUUUGGAACCCACCUAUUGCUUGGAUUUUGAUCAAUAUACAUUUAUGUGGGG